AAUGUUGCCAAUCAUCAGGUAAUCUUUCAAUAAUGGCGGCCGAAGAACUUUGGACCGAGCGACUGUCCCGAGUAACUUCUGCAACAAUGCGGUGAAAAACCCACAAAGAAUCGUUGUUUUGGUUCAGGUUCCGUCCAAUAGAAUCAAUGGAAGGCGAAGACGAUGUUUACAUCGAGGGAAGAUCGUCGGCAGCGAGACGGGACUGGAUGCGGGCAUCUGGGGCGUCCCUGUCGCGGCUGGACCAAGUCCGUCCCAACGUGUACACCAUGGGAGCCCAGGACCCGCGAGCACUACGGCCGGGGAGUGGGAGACGGCGACGGUCCUCCGGUAGACAGCCCGGCAGCACACCAUACCAACAGAUCGACACAGAGCCACCCCUGGCUGGAGUCGACUAUCAGAAAACUGCAUGGGGGAGCCAGACUUCCAUCCCUGAGUUGAUCAGACAACAGAGCGAGAGACAGCGGCCGCAGAGUGGGAGGCGGCCGUGGAGUGGGAGGGGGGUGCCACCCCCUCCGCAACGGAAGGACAGCCGGGAACAACCACCACCGAGGGCUCCAGGGGGGCUGAUAGCAGUGCUCGGAGAGAAGUACUCGCCAUCGGAACGUCCUCCUAGUGGAGUAGCGACGCAUAACACGUCCACGUGGGUGGGGUCGAAAGGCGGUCGUGGCGCGAAAGACGAAGAUGCGGAAGACACAGACCGCAUCAUCCAAGAAAUCCUCAACAGCCAGGACCAGACUGAUAAGUCUCUUGCUAAGAUGACAAGGCUGUAUGGAGAGACCCAGCCACCGCCCCCUCCCAGGGGCUCACCUGACCUGGAGCAGAUGAUCAAAGACCUGCCUUCAGAGCCAGACCAGCAGCAGGCAGUCACACAGCAGGAUGGUGCAGAGGGUCAGCAGGAACCUACAACUGAAAUCUUGGUGCGGCAGGCGCCGGUACCCCCGACCGUACCGCUCUUGCGCAGACCCGCCCCAGAGCCCAUCCGCUUUGCCAUUCCUACAGGAGAUGACGAUGAAGGGAAUGAAGAGGAAAGUGACGAGGAACUCAAAAGAGACAAUACAAGGACCAGGGAGCUAUCAAAGGAUGUGGACAUUGUCAGCAUCACCAGCAAUACUUCCUCCCCUAGACUGCUCCCCUCAACCUCUACAACGCUACACGCACAAGGAACAGAAGAACCACCAAAUGUUGCAAGAAAGUUGAACGUCACUAUUGACGAGGGUCAAAAUGUACUGAUAAACAUUACACCUAGAAAUGUUGCAUCCAGUACCUCAGAGCCUCCUAGCAGACGCCCCAAAAGUGCAACGGUCGAUCGUAAGCCGUCCCCUGACACGAGUCUACAGUCUCUACAAGAAGAGCUAGGGCUCACGGUGAAAGACGACAAACAGAAAACAGUAUCUCCUAGAGGAGUACGAUCUUCGGUUAAGUCUCCGAGGUUGGUUAAGCGCAGGGUGAAGUCUGCAAAGGCAAGGCUUGAGGUAAGGACAGUUUCUGUAGAAUAUGGUGAGGAAAGAGAUGAAGACAAAGAGGAGAAAGAUGAAGAGCAAAUCACAGCCGAAAAUGAGGUCAAGAAGAGGAGAAGGAGAAGACCCGACGAUGUUGAAACCAUGGUGUCUCGAAUCUCUAUGUCCGACUCAGAGGAGCACCAGGCACAGAUUGUUGCAAACGAGGGCAAAACAGAAAGUAGAAGACCACAAGUCAGUUCUGUCAAACCCAACAGAAACUACUACCAACUGUCUCUACAGCAAGGGAAGGACUACAGCGAAAAGUACAAGACUGUGAAAACAAUCGAGUUUGCAGAUGGCGGGCCAUCAGAAACAAAGACGAAGACACUCAUCAGUGUGACAGAGAGACCGGAAGGUGUCAGAUCAGGAGCUUGGGAAGUGGGUGCUGGGGAGGGGAAAGAAAACCACCUUGGCAUCAAGAGACCGGUGUCUGCCCAAAGGGUUGUGACCAGGCCACCACCAAGGCCAGAGUGUCGCCAAGGCUACUAUGCAGACAUGGACAAGCCUCAACUAGAACCAACAGAACAGGCAGUGCAUGUAGAUCCAGAGCUGCAACGGAGCCCCUCUGCACUACAGCAGGCCAUGACAUUGCAUCAGAAACCUCCCAGACCCCACUCGGCCAAGGUUCCUUGUAACAGACAUGGAGGUCUAGCUAAGAGUCCCAGGAAACAUUCCCACCGGAGACCCAGGUCUGCAACAGUAGGCAGCACGGGUACGAAGAAGGAAGAGAAGGCUGCAAGCCGGGCUCUGGUGCCAGCGGCGCCCAAACCAAGUGUGGCAGAACUGAGAAGGAACAGAGCAGCGGUGAAGGCCCUGAAGGCUGGCACCCUGUGUAAGGAGAAGGCUUACAUCGCGCCGUCCCCUCCGGUACAGGCCGUGAAGCCCAUCAUCAGGAAAACCAGGAGGAAGGACAGCUCCAGCUCUGACGAGGAACUGGUGGAGAAAAUGUUACUGGCCAGACAGGAAGAUGUAAAUGGGACUGACACUCCUCGCACUGCAGAGUGUAGGGACAUCUAUGACAGACUGCAGGAGAAGGGCGUGGUUGUUUCCAUGGACACCAUCAAGAAAGGAUUGAUUCCACCAGAAGAGAAAACCUUCUCAGAGUGCUCAUCCAAGCUCCCUACCAACUCCACUUCAAGUCUCCUGAGCAGUCCUGAAGUCUGGCUUAGCACAGAGUUUAAAAGGCUGCGAUUGGCUGAGAAAGCUGUGGAGCUGGCCAAUGAGAGACUGGCACAGCAGCAGAGGGAAGAGAGAGGGGAAACUGACAAGGCAAAGGCGAAGAAAAAGAAGAAGGCACCAAGUAGCAACAAGAAGAAACACAAGAGAUCAGCCACUACAAGCUGAAGGGUUGUCAAACGUUCCUAAACAAGAAGUAGUGAACAAAUACAUCUAUGACAAGGGAAAUAGCUAGAACUGUGGUAUGUUACGGAUUGUAACAGAACGGUUACUGGUUUGAACUGAUAAACUUGAAAGUUCAUGAAAGACCUUUCAGUUUAUCAGUGUUGCCAUUUAGAAAGUAGGUCCCCACUGCAGGCUCUGUGUCUGUUGCCAUUCUAG